GAUGCAUUACAAGCCCUACCUAUCGUAUGUGCUUUCGGGCUCAAGCGAAAGAUACAGGAGUAGAAGAAAGACGGUGUAUAAUUACUGCGCAUUACCAAUUAGGAGUCAACAAAGUCGUCAUAAGGAAUUCAAUGGAUUCGGAUGUCGAGCCUGAGCCUAAAUUAGCAUGGAACGACUGGUUGUACCUUGAUAUGUUAGGUCUAGCUAUUGGAAACAUCACUUCAAUUACAGAUAUGCGAUAUGGGAUCUAGCGCAGGCCGUAUUUGACGAUUUUAAAUAUAUCGAAGACGAGGUUAGAUACCUAGGCAAUAGCGUUAGUCCACUAGAAUUUAGUUGGAAGCGACUUUGCAGGUACCAUUAUUGCUGUGGCUAAGGGAGCAAGCAACUAAGGACCUCAGACCAGGCGACGUGAUAUGUGGUGGAUUCGCGUUGCCUGGCUACCCGUGGUUUUCUUUUGUUGAUAGCAUGAAGCUUUCUUCCAUUCAAAAGUUUAGGAUUGAGAGUUAUAAAGUUUUCAUUUAAUAGUACUUUUUUCCAAUCAGGUAAGUCUCAAUAAAAUAGAUCACCACCCCUCAUCAUACAUGUGAUACCAACCGUGAGUGCGGCGCAGCAUUGCAGAUAUCUUGAGGUUCUAGUGAAUAAAGGUAACGGUAUAGCUAGCUAUCAGCGUUGCCCUUACUCGCAAUAUACCUCAACACAGAAAAAAUGACUAUCCAAAUCGGCCCACUGGACCCGUUCACAAUGCAUGAUCUGGUAACUUUCAUAGAAGUCGUCUGUCUCCUAGUAUGUCCAAAGAUGAUCAAGUGUCCACUCAAAGCAUGAAUCUGACGGAAACCUAGUUUUGCAUUUACGGAUUGUUUCGAAUUCCCUGGUCCGACUACUGCAGAUUUCUCAAAUGUGUGGUAUGCGUAUCACUGGUAAGUUCAAUCUAACUAAGGGACUCCCCCUCAACUAUCGCUCCAGGAGAAAGAAAACUUCAGUUUAAUCUUAAGAACAGGCUUUCAGGAAGAUAUCCAUGGCCCAUCGAAGAUGCGCUACUUAAAUAUGGAGAUGUUGUACGCAUUGCUCCCAAUGAGCUUGUAUUCUUGACUCCACAAGCUUUCUAUGGUAAGAAUAUUCAAGAACUUCAUGGAUAUUCAUUACUGAGAAUAUCAGAUAUAUAUCGACCCCAGGAAAAGAGACUUGAAGUAUUCAUAAAAACCGACCUUCAAAACAGGGGUGAGGAUGUGGGAGGUCUCAUAUUUGAAGCAGACCCCGUGAAACAUCGCGAAGCUGCAAGGAAACCUUCUCCAGCCUUGAGUAACCGAUCUAUUCGUGCUAUGGAGCCCGUGAUCCACGAGCAUAUGGACUAUUUUGUUGAGCGGAUGAAGGAAUUUGGGGAUUGUGAUGAAGGUGUAAGGAUCGUGCAAUGGACUAAUUGGCUAGCCAUGGAUUUAUCAACGGAUUUGUCAUGGAACGAGAAGAUGAAUCAAAUGAAAACUUAUAUGUCUCUCCCCAUAUUCCCUUCGCAUGCAUACCCCGAUACUCAGUUAACUCCAGACUCUGACACCAACGUCCCGCCCCACAGUAAAAGACUCAGUACAUCUCAAAGCAAUCCUCGCUUUCAAUUCAUUCGCCACCGUUAUCUGGGUCUUCAAGCGGUUUCCCCUCCUCCGCACCCUCCAAUACCUCUUUGUACCCCUAACCAAGCUUCCCGUCUACAUGACCAUAGUAAAAACAACACGCGAAGCUAUAAUGCGACGAAUCUCGCUCACCGACAACACCGAACACCCAGACUACUUUGAUCACAUCCUACCCGCCGACAGUCCAGUUCCCAAAACUCAAUCUGAGCUCACAUACAUAGGUUCACUUGCCACAACAAAUAAUGUUUGCAGGCUCUGGUCCCAUGUCAGAUGGGUUCUACAGCGCUUUAUUCUUCUUACUCGAAGAGCCUGAAUGCUGUAGAAUCUUAGCGAAGCAAAUCAGAGGCAAAUUUGAAAAGUACGAGGAUAUUUCACUGGAAGCUUCAAAUGAGCUCCCGUAUCUCCAUGCUGUUCUGGAGGAAUCACUUCGCAUGCUUCCACAAAAUAAUACGGGGUUACCUCGGCUAAGUCCUGGUGCUAUGUUGAUGGACAUUAUGUACCAAAAGGAGUAUUUGCCCAUAUUUCUUCCAUUUCCCGAUGUUAACAUCCCUCCCUCAAUAAAUCAACACAAACCCCCACUCAUCCCCACCCCCAAAACCAAAAACCAAAAACCAAAUACUAAUCCUCGCGCUCCUCCUUAGAUGCACAUCCAAACCAGCAUUUUCGCCCUCUCUCGUAAUCCCCGCUAUUUUCAUAACCCCAAGAGAUCCCGUCCCCAGCGCUGGCUUCCAUCCGCUCACCGUCUACACGGAGCAAUAUAUGAUAAAGAUGCUCUUUAGUUUAGGGCCUCGAGCAUGUUUGGGAAGAGAAAUGACUUGGAUGCAGGAAAAAUUGUUUGGGGCUCAGGUAGUGUGGAUGUUUGAUUUGGUGAGGAUAGACGAACAGGAUGGGAAUAAGGAAAAGAUGGCACAGAUUGAGAAGAGAGAUUUAAGGGGUUUGGAGAUGUUGGAGAAAAGGUUGUUGCAUUAUGGAUUUUUGGUUAAGCCAGAGGUUAGGGCGAGAUUUGUGGUGAGGGGUUAAAAGUGGUGGUGGGCGUGGGAAUUUGGAAAGUUGGAUGAUCUAACUUGGAUCUUAGUAGCUCUGCAAUGAUGAGUAGGGGGUAUCUUGAAUACCAAUAACCACAUAUUCAAACUGUAUUAAAGUCAGAAAACUUUUAAUACCCAGGCCACAUAUUCUCACAUUAGGAUAACCAAAAUGCCCCUCCAAAAAACCUAUUAUCUACCUACCCGUCAAGCGAAUUGGACUCACAUAUCUGAUCAAAAGAUCUGAACACUUCUUGAUAUAUAUCUAUAUCCCAAAGAAACAUCUUCUGGUAUUAAU